AUUGCAGUGAGCGAUGUCAGACACAUUCAGAUAACUUCUGAACUUGUUUGUAUUCGUGCGAUUAUUUCAAGUGAUCAAAUAUAUUUUGUAUCACCAUGAGAAUAGAAUUACCGGAAUUUCGGCGUUGCUGUUUUUGUUUUCCGUUACGAAGAGGUGUUUUGGUGUAUGGAUACAUUUGCUUGCUUUUCACCCUAUUCUGCCUGUGGCUGGAGAUAUACCUUGGGUACGAUGACCUCACGGGAAUGACAUUGGUAGCCUAUCAUGGCAACAGUUUCUUCACCCGGGCGUGGCUGGCAAUUCUAUUAUACGUCAUAGAUUUCGUUUUCACGAUUAUAAUGUUAGUUGGGGCACACACGAAACGGGUUCGUCUUCUAACCAUAUAUUUCUACUACGGCGUGACUACUACACUGGCUACCUUCCUCACGAUGUUUAUAAUUAACUACGAUUUACUUAACAGAGACCUAUAUAAUGUGAUUAUAGAAAUCACAUUUAUCGUAUUUGCUAUAAUUCUCCAUUUGUAUAUGCUGUGUUUGGUGUGGAACAUGAUCAAGAGGUUAAAGCAGAACAGUGGACUCACCUUCGUGAACCAAGUCACUGAAGUGGUUAUAGAACCUCCCGCUGAAAAUAUACAGAAUCCUCUUUAAAAUAUUCGGAAAAAACAGUAUUUUUAAAACCAUCUUGUUUACUAUAUCGUCAUAAUGGGAACAUGCAAUUAAAAAAAACUGCCGUUCAAAAUUACUUUCAGACGAUUUUAUUUUCUUAUUUAGAUCGGAGUUUCUUUCUUCUUUUACGUUCUUUGAACGGUAUUUAAUCAUUUUCUGGUCUAAAAUCUACACCAGCAUCUACAAAUAUUUAACGAUUAGAUAUUUAUCAUACUACGUAUUUGCGUGUUGUUCUCACGAGUAUGUAAGUGCG